AUGAUUUCGCUCAGCAAAGUCCUGAAUUAUGACCAAAUGGUAGAUAUUUCUAAAGAAUUUUGCAGAUUAAGAGAAAGGUGCUAUUUAGAAAAUGCUGGGGCUGCAUUAUAUCCAGCUUCACUUCUUCAGAAAAUUAAUGAAGAUUUUACUAAUAAUGUAUAUAUGAAUCCACAUUCAGAUAAAUAUACCAAAGACUGUAUUGAACAAAUAAGGUGUUUAAUACUAAAACACUUUAAUACUGAUCCAUCCAAUUACACUGUGAUAUUUACAUCAGGUACAACACAGUCACUAAAACUAGUUAUAGAGUCAUUUCAAUUCUCAAGUGAGGAAGUCGAAUUGAAUCAAGGUUCCUUUGUGUACUUAAGAGAUAACCAUACAUCUGUUAUUGGUUUAAGAGAAAUAGCUAAAGAAAAAAGUGUUAAUGUUGUACACAUUUCUCGAGAGGAGUUUUUAAAAUCUAUUAAGAAUUCUGUAACAUCUUUGAAUGCAUCAAGUGACAGAAAAGGCAACUCCCUUCUUGCAUAUCCGGCUCAAAAUAAUUUUAAUGGGUACAAAUAUCCCUUAGAUUGCAUAGAUAGAAUUAAAAAUGGAUGUCUUAAUAGUUACCUAAAAAAACAAUUAUGUGGAACAAGCUGCAACUGGUAUAUUCUAAUUGAUGCAGCUUCAUAUGUUUCUACCAAUAAACUAGAUCUAUCAGAGACACAACCUGAUUUUGUAUGUCUAUCAUUCUAUAAAAUUUUUGGAUAUCCAACUGGACUGGGAGCCCUUAUAGUUAAAAAUAAAAGUAUACCAAUUUUAAGUGAGAAGAAAUACUUUGGUGGUGGUACAGUGGAUAUUGUUUUAAGUAGUGAAGACUUCCACAUAAAGAGAGAAACAAUAUGUGAAAGGUAUGAAGAUGGAACAGUUUCUUUCUUAUCUAUUCUUGCUUUAAAGCACUGCUUUGACACAUUAUAUUCCUUAAUACCAAAAAUUGUAAAUAAUGAUGUUAUGGAGACUAUUUCCCAUCACACAUUUUAUUUAGCUCAAGACUUCUAUAAUCAACUGAAGAAAUUAACACAUGAAAAUGGAAAUAAAGCUGGACAUUUGUAUAUGGAUUCAGAUUUUACAGAUAUUUCUAAGCAAGGAUCCAUUGUCACAUUCAAUUUAAAGAGAAAGAAUGGAGUAUUUGUUGGAUAUGCUGAGUUUCAGCACAUGGCCGACUUAUUUAACAUCAGCGUGAGAACAGGAUGCUUUUGCAAUUCAGGCACUUGUCAAAGGCAUUUAAAUGUCAGUAAUAAAAGUAUGAAGGCUAUGUAUAAUGCUGGGCAUAAAUGUGGAGAUGACAUUGAUUUACUUAAAGGAAAGCCUACUGGAGCUAUAAGAGUCUCAUUUGGAUAUUAUAACACAUUUCGAGAUGUUGAUAAAUUAAUUUAUAUGAUAUGUAAAUGCUUUGUUAAUAUUCAAAUUGAAAAACCUAUAAGAACUUUGAAUAUUUAUAAAAACGGUCGAACACCGAUAAUAGAAAAGCAGCUUGAAAAUUGUAAAUUAAAUGAGGAAUCUUAUUCAAAUAGUAAUUCCAUAACUUAUACAGGAGUAUCAGAUAUUACUUUAAUGGAAAUUGCGAUAUUUCCAAUAAAAUCUUGUGGGGCAUUUAAAAUUAAUAGACACUGGAAAAUCGGACCUAAGGGAUUUCAAUUUGAUAGAGAAUGGAUGGUUGUUAAGGAUAAUGGUGUUUGCCUAACACAGAAGCAAUGCCCACAAAUGUGUACAGUUUGCCCUGAAAUCAACUUGGAAAGGCAAUGUAUGAUGUUACAUUGUCAAGGAAUGCCUUCAAUAUCAAUACCAUUAGAGCAAAUCUCAAAUGAGUACAAAGAAUCAUCACUUUGUCAUAGUAAAGUUUGCACUGAUAUUAUAAAGGGCACAGAUUGCGGCGACGCUGUAGCAGAUUGGAUUUCAAAUGCUCUAGGAAUAGCAUUUCUGAGAUUAAUAAGACAGUCAAGUAACGACACUCGAUCACAAAAGAAAAAAAAUGAUGGUAGUAAUAAACUAUUAUCAUUGAGUAACCAAGCCCAAUUUCUACUAGUAAAUAAAGCUACAGUAAAAUGGUUGAGAAAUAAAAUAGAUGAUCCCUUGUUCAUGGAUGACAUAGAUUCGUUAACUGAUCGCUUCAGAGGUAACUUGAUAAUAGAUAUGGCACAAGAGCUAGCAGAGAAGGAGUGGCAGAAAGUUAUCAUAGGAGAUCACUUGUUUAACAUUGAUGGCCAGUGUCCACGCUGUCAGAUGGUUUGCAUUGAUCAAAAAACAGGACAGAAGACAGUUGAGCCCCUCAGAACAAUAUCUGAACAAUUUGCUGGAAAACUUCGCUUUGGAAUUUAUUUGAGCUAUGCUGGCGCAGUUAACGGUUCAAAAUCUUCAAUUUUGAAACGAUAUGCACAAGUAGUACCAAUAUACAAUGAUGUUAGUGACAAUACUAGUAGGUAG